AUGGCAGGCCUUAUACAAACCGUUUUCUUGGUAUUUUUUAUGAUCGGAUCGCCUCUUUGUGGAUAUUUAGGAGAUCGAUUCAAUCGAAAACUCAUUGUGGUUGUUGGUGUAACAUUGUGGCUGGCUGCUGUGAUUGCAUCAACUUUUGUGCCAUCUGAGUACUUCUGGCUGUUUCUACUAUUCCGUGGAAUCGUUGGAGUUGGUGAAGCUUCCUACUCGAACGUGGUCCCGUCAAUGAUUUCAGACAUGUUUACCGGUACCAUUCGUAGUCGCAUGUACAUGAUUUUCUACUUUGCUGUGCCGGUCGGGAGGUCAGUGCUUUCGCCAUCAUUCCAGUUCCAACGGAUAUGA